AGUACGAUUCGUCUUUGUUUGUUGUUAAAUUGUGGUUGUUUUUUAAAUUUGUGAUGCAGGACCCAUUAUCCCUUUUGGAGAAUGAGGCGGUUGUUUCAAAAUUGCGCGGUGCUAUGAAGGAGAAGAGCAAAAACGCGGCGAGAUCGCGUCGAGAAAAAGAAAAUGCCGAAUUUUUGGAAUUGGCGAAAUUGCUACCGCUACCCGCCGCAAUCACCUCACAGUUAGAUAAGGCAUCGGUUAUAAGACUGACGACUUCAUACCUGAAAAUGCGACAAGUAUUUCCCGAUGGUUUGGGAGAUGCAUGGGGCGCAGCACCACCUGUAACCAAUUCCAGAGAAACUCCCAUUAAGGAGUUAGGUUCAUAUCUUCUUCAAACGCUAGACGGAUUUAUAUUUGUCGUUGCACCUGAUGGAAAAAUAAUGUACAUAUCAGAAACAGCCUCCGUUCAUUUGGGAUUGUCACAGGUAGAACUGACAGGUAAUAGCAUAUACGAGUAUAUCCCCCCCGCCGAUCAUGACGAGAUGACAGCGGUCCUAAGCCCGUCGAUGCCGCCUCCUGGAACUUCGCCCAACCAGGACUACGAAAGCGAGCGCAUCUUUUUUCUGCGCAUGAAAUGUGUGCUCGCCAAAAGGAAUGCGGGCCUUACAAAUGGAGGAUACAAGGUUGGUCUUUUAGAUAUACACAUAAUUGACUUUGCGCUUAAGAAUACCUACCCUACCGCCGAUGUAAUCUAUUAA